AUGUUGCUAACUGAUAAUCACGAGGAGCUCUGUAAAGUCUUGUCUUCAUUUGUUAUGGAAACGUGCAAGGAGGACGGCAAGGAAUAUACUCCUAAGUCAAUUUAUUUAAUGAUUGCUGGUCUUCAACGUGCAAUGAGGCAACAUAAAGGUCGUUCUUCAUCAUUUAAUAUUUUCAGUGACAGUCGUUUUGAAUUAUUUCAUAACAUUUGUGAUCACAAAUUUCGUACACUUCAUCAACAAGGUAUUGGUGCAAAGUCAAAGCAUGCCAAUGCUCUUACUGAUGAAGAAGCAAACAAGUAUCUGUGUUUGAGAGGAGGCAAUGAACAUCGCCUUCUUCGUUUUUCUCAAUUUAUUCGUGAAACUGCAACAGCUGAUGGCAAAGAAAGAGCAUGUUACAUAUACACAGAACAAGGGUCAAAAAAUCACAGUGGAGGAAUGGGUCAAUUGCAUCUUGAUAACAAAGUUGUGCAUCACUUUGAGGUUCCGGAGGAAGGCUCUCGAGAUUAUGUUCAUAUACUUGACCAGUACUUUGAGAAAGUUCCUAGAGAAGCUAUAGAAAAAGAUAACUUCUAUGUACGCUCAUUAUCAAGUAUAGUCGAAGGAAAGCCCUGGUUUAAUUCUGUUCCAAUUGGAAAGAAUAAGUUAUCUUCAAUGGUUAAGGAUAUGUGUGCUGCUGGGAGCAUUGACAGCAAUAAAACAAACCAUAGUCUUCGAUCAUUUGGUGUAACGACAAUGUUUAAGAAAAGCGUACCUCAGAAAUUGAUUCAGGAGAGGUCUGGCCAUCGAUCGUUAACCGCAUUAAGAGUAUAUGAAAAGAGUAAAAAUGAACAGUUACUAGAAACAUCUCGACUGCUAUGUGAUGGUGAUGUCAAAGAUGACGAUAGAAACGAGGAUGAAAGCAAAGAUGGUCCUAAAGUGAACCCGGCUAUGUUCAGUGGAUGCUCCUUCAGCAAUUGCACAUUUAAACUUGAUUAA